CGCUGCGCAUUAGGCGGCGCUGGUGAUGCCAGCUGAGCCUCUUCCAUACCCCUGGCGCGAGGCUGAAAAGGAAACUCGAGCACGCGCCGGAGCAAAUCGAAACGCAGCGCAGUUCCGCGAAACAGGGUGCGCACUGGGCAGACGCGGCCCCUGCCGCAUGCUGCGCUGAAGUACAAAGCCAUUCUUGGAAUUAGAUUCCUAGAACUUCCGUCAACCCGCAACACUGAAUUUACAAGAGAGUGGUUUUCUCACCGUCUUUCCUUAGAAUCGAAUAAGAACAGUGUCUGGUGAGCGGAUUACUCCGCUGGACUUCACCCUCUAUUUUUUCGGAGGUUGAAACUGACACGUUUGAGAUUUUAUAGUUAUGACCAAAAUAAAUUAGGAUUAUUUUAAAUUUUGAAAAAAAUCUGAAAAGUCUAUUUAGUUAUUGAGAAAAACUUUUGUUUUUCGGAUUAUUGGCGCCAUGACAACGUCAACUCAGUGACUGUUCCUACAAUAUAUAAUAAUCACUGGCUUUAUUGGAUAAUUGUAUAAGCAUACAUGCCAAAAUGUUUAAACUGGAUUCAUAUUCAUUAUGAUUUAUUGUGUUCAAAGGGCUCUGUUGCGAGGGCCACCUUCAGAUAUGAUUGCCAGGAUGAUGAGCAGCAUGCAGCAGAAUGAUGGUGAGAGAGGAGAUUCGUGUUGUCAGAACCCAACUGCCCCUCUCUGUGACCCUACAGAGGACCUCUGCUGCAUCACCACCACCUUCCAGAACCUACAGAACUCAGGUUGGUACUGGGGGUCCAUUUCAGCCAGAGAGGCUCGAGACGCUCUCCUGAAGGUGUCAGUGGGAACCUUCCUGGUACGCGACAGCAGCCACCCUCUCUACAUGCUGACCCUGUCAGUGAAGACGGUCUGUGGCCCCACCAACGUACGCAUAGAGUACAGUGGGGGUCGCUUCCGGCUGGAUUCCAGCUCCCCAGGCCCCCCUCACUUGCUGUCCUUCCCUGAUGUCUGCAGCCUGGUGCAACACUACGUUGGCUCAGGCCAGACACAACAGGGCAAGAGAGUGGAGUCAGAGGGCCCUUCAAAACCUAAUGCCAAACCCAGCCCUUCCCAGCCCUCAGCGAAGGACAAUGCAGUACUGCUCAAGCUGAUGCGUCCUCUGCCACAGGCCUUCCCCUCUCUCCAGCACCUCACACGCCUCACCAUCAACUGCCAAAUCGACUGCAUUGACCAGCUGCCCCUGCCACGCCCACUGGUGCACUACCUGCAGGACUACCCUUUCCAGGUAUGAGGGUCCUCUGGCAGCCAUCCCUACCCAAAGAAGGG